AUGCCAGAACGGCUAGCGGAAAUGCUCCUGGAUCUCUGGACUCCAUUAAUACUAUUAUGGAUUACUCUCCCCCCCUGCAUUUUCAUGGCUCCGAUGAAUCAUUCUCAAGUUUUAAUGAGUGGAUCCCCUUUGGAACUAAACAGGCUGGGUGAAGAACAGCGGAUUUUGAAUCGCUCCAAAAGGGGCUGGGUUUGGAAUCAAAUGUUUGUCCUGGAAGAGUUUUCUGGACCUGAACCGAUUCUUGUUGGCCGGCUACACACAGACCUGGAUCCUGGGAGCAAAAAAAUUAAGUAUAUCCUAUCAGGCGAUGGAGCUGGGACAAUCUUUCAAAUAAAUGAUGUAACUGGAGAUAUCCAUGCUAUAAAAAGACUUGACCGAGAGGAAAAGGCUGAGUACACCCUAACAGCUCAGGCAGUGGACUGGGAGACGAGCAAACCUCUCGAGCCUCCAUCUGAAUUUAUUAUUAAAGUUCAAGACAUCAACGACAACGCACCGGAGUUUCUUAAUGGACCCUAUCACGCUACUGUGCCAGAAAUGUCCAUUUUGGGUACAUCUGUCACUAAUGUAACAGCCACAGAUGCUGAUGAUCCAGUUUAUGGAAACAGUGCAAAGUUGGUUUACAGUAUCUUGGAAGGACAGCCUUAUUUUUCCAUUGAGCCCGAAACAGCUAUUAUAAAAACUGCCCUGCCCAACAUGGACAGAGAAGCCAAGGAGGAGUACCUGGUCGUCAUCCAAGCCAAAGAUAUGGGUGGACACUCUGGUGGCCUGUCUGGGACCACGACACUCACAGUGACCCUUACUGAUGUUAAUGACAAUCCUCCAAAAUUCGCACAGAGUCUGUAUCACUUCUCAGUACCAGAAGAUGUGGUUCUUGGCACUGCAAUAGGAAGGGUGAAGGCCAACGAUCAGGACAUUGGUGAAAAUGCACAGUCAUCAUAUGACAUCAUUGAUGGAGAUGGGACAGCACUUUUUGAAAUCACUUCUGAUGCCCAGGCCCAGGAUGGCAUUAUAAGACUAAGGAAGCCUCUGGACUUUGAGACCAAAAAAUCCUAUACACUGAAGGUAGAGGCAGCCAAUGUCCACAUUGACCCACGUUUCAGCAGCAGGGGGCCUUUCAAAGAUACGGCAACAGUCAAAAUUGUUGUUGAGGAUGCGGACGAGCCUCCUGUCUUCUCCUCACCGACUUACCUCCUUGAAGUUCAUGAGAAUGCUGCUCUGAACUCUGUGAUUGGGCAAGUGACCGCACGUGACCCUGACAUCACUUCCAGUCCUAUAAGGUAUUUCUCUUUAAAAAGGAAUACUGGGAACCACAGUCAGAUAUCACGAGUACCUGUUGCUAUUAAAGUGCUGGAUGUCAAUGACAACGCCCCUGAAUUCGCAUCCGAAUAUGAGGCAUUUUUAUGUGAAAAUGGAAAACCCGGCCAAGUUAUUCAAACAGUAAGCGCCAUGGACAAGGAUGAUCCCAAAAAUGGACAUUAUUUCUUAUACAGUCUUCUUCCAGAAAUGGUCAACAAUCCGAAUUUCACCAUCAAGAAAAAUGAAGAUAAUUCUCUCAGCAUUUUGGCAAAGCAUAAUGGAUUCAACCGCCAGAAGCAAGAAGUCUAUCUUUUACCAAUCGUAAUCAGUGAUAGUGGAAAUCCUCCGCUGAGCAGCACCAGCACCCUAACCAUCCGUGUCUGUGGCUGCAGCAAUGAUGGUGUUGUCCAGUCUUGUAAUGUUGAAGCAUAUGUCCUUCCCAUUGGACUCAGUAUGGGCGCCUUAAUUGCCAUAUUAGCGUGCAUCAUUUUGCUGCUAGUCAUUGUGGUGCUGUUUGUCACUCUGCGGCGACAUAAAAACGAGCCAUUAAUUAUCAAAGAUGAUGAAGAUGUUCGAGAAAACAUCAUUCGCUACGAUGACGAAGGAGGAGGGGAGGAGGACACAGAGGCUUUUGACAUUGCAACGUUACAAAACCCAGAUGGAAUUAAUGGAUUUUUACCCCGUAAGGAUAUUAAACCAGAUUUGCAGUUUAUGCCAAGGCAAGGGCUUGCUCCAGUUCCGAAUGGUGUUGAUGUCGAUGAAUUUAUAAAUGUAAGGCUGCACGAGGCAGAUAAUGACCCCACGGCCCCGCCAUAUGACUCCAUUCAGAUAUAUGGCUAUGAAGGGCGAGGGUCUGUGGCUGGCUCCCUCAGCUCCUUGGAGUCCGCCACAUCAGACUCAGACCAGAAUUUUGACUACCUCAGUGACUGGGGUCCCCGUUUUAAGAGACUGGGCGAACUCUACUCUGUUGGUGAAAGUGACAAAGAAACUUGA